AUGGAUAAGAUUCUCGGAGAAAUACAAAAUGAAUACGCCGAAAUACAAAAGGCAAGACUGCUAAUGGUGCAGAGCGAUUUUGCACGCGCCUCUGAGAUAUACGCAGAUAUCCUCUCCAGCAUGUCUGCUGUUGAAAAAGAAGAUAGUCUGAAGAUGUCUGCAGUGUACUUGGAGUAUGCUAAGUGUCUUCUUCUGUCCAACGAUAAACUGGUGAUCAAUCCAGAGCUGGAGGAGGACAAUGACUACCUGGAGGACCUCGGGAUAGCCUGGGAGCUGCUGGAAAUAGCAAAAAGCGUCUUUAAAAAGCACAACUUUCAGAACGAGCUGAUAAGUGUUCAUCUUCUGCUCAGUGAUAUUUCCCAAGAGAGCAACAACUUCCAGGAUGCCCUCGAGGAUCUGCUAGAGGCCUUUGAGCUGAUAAAAAAACAGGACAAGAGCAGCGAUAAGCUGCCAGACAUUGCUCUGCGAAUUGCAUUUACAUACGAAGCAUUGGAGAACAAAGAGAAGGCUGUAGAAAUGCUGGAAAGCAUAAUAGAGAUGCUAACCAGCUCAGUGCAGACAAAAGACACUGCAGAGAUUAUUGAGGAAGUCAGAGCAAAAAUAAACGAAAUAAAGAACCCUGAGAAGUACAAGCUGAGCAUGAAGCAGGAAGUGCAGCACACGAAGAUCGAUCUUAACCAGCCUGUGCAAAAGAUUAAAAUAACGAAAGCAGCAAAACCAGAGGAGGAUCUGCAGACAAAGAGAGAAGAAUAA